AAAUACAAGGCAUCACGGAGUUAUGAAUACAAAGGCGAACGGAAAAUCGGACGAUGAUUGUCUGUUUCUUGAACAAGUGUUGGACAAACUGUACGAUUUUGGCACAAAAAAGAAGAAAAAGCGUAAGAGACGUGUAGAUGAUGAGGAGAUUGCAGAGUCUAAAGAUGAUGAUUCUGCCUCAACCAUAACACUACAUCAGUCAGAACAAACGGAUGUGGCACAGAAAGACCACCAGGUGGAGGUAGUGACGUUCCAGGAUCCUAGAAAGAAAAUGAAGACCAAACACACCCCAACUCCUGACAAAAUAAAACUUCCUCAAACAAAAGACAAAAACAGUGAACAGACAGAGGAACUCAGUUUGGAAAAGGCCCGAUUAGAAGUUCAUCGAUUUGGCAUCACAGGCUACCAUAAAGAGCAGCAGCGAGUGUUUGAGCAGGACAGAGCCAUUAUGCUGGGGGCACGUCCACCAAAAAAGCAAUAUGUCAACUACAAAAUCCUGCAGCAGCAAAUCAAAGAGAAGAGGCUCAAAGACAAGGAGGAGGUUGACCCGGACUUAAAGACAAAGAAGAAAAAGAAGAAUAAUCCCAAGGAUAAAAAGAAGCCGUCCACAUCUGGGUCAGGUUCAGGGCCCUCAGGACAAGUGGGGCGUUUUAAAAAUGGCAUGUUGAUCCUCAGCUCCAAAGAAAUCCAGAAAAUUAAAGGCACAAAAGGAAGAAGAUAGUCACAGUUGGAAAGUUUCCAGUAUGAUCAUUCACAAAAAGGCAACCAAGUGGCAUGAACUUCUUAUCUGGAUCCUAAUGUCUGAACUGAGCAAGUUUGCAUUUGGAAAUAUCAGUGCUGUAUCCAGACAUAAUUCCACACAUGUGCCUGUUCAAGCAACCUUCCACCCUGAGAAACCGCUGAUUCAGGAUCCAGCCUGCUGCUCCCAGAUGGAUUACUGAGUAAAAAUAUAAAGACUUCUUCAGGUUUUUAUUCAUCACAGUUUAUUUAUUUUCUUUUAUAAAUUAACAAAAAAGACAAUUGCAUUUUCUUGUGGAAAGGUUCUUCUAAAUGAUGCGAUUACAAUGCAUUUCUUGUACAAAACAUGUCAUACAAAACUUUUACAUUUAGAAGGAAGGAGAAAUAUCACACACAAUGAGGAAACAGUAUUUACAGCACCAAGAAGCCCCAGUUAUUUUUUU